AUGGAUGCGCACGAGACCCUGCUAAGUUUAGACGCAAGUGGAAGCACGGACACCGCCCGCCCGUCGAUUGUGUUUCCAUCGCCAGGGAACGACCAUAAUACAGAGACAGGAAGAGGCGAUUGAGUUGGCAUGACCAGCGACACCCACGACAAUGCCGACGACGAAGGCGUGGAGCUGCUGCAACGCGCACGAUUGCUCGUACAAGCUGCCUCCAACUUGCCCGAUUUCAGCACGCUGUUUAGCAAACGGAAUCCCCCCGAAGAGGAUAACGGAGAGGCCAGUUCAGGACUACCGGUAGACUCGUCAUAUCCCCACCACGAGUCUGGGGCAAAGCCCCCCGUCGUCGUCGCAGCCCCAAAGAAGUCGAAAAAGAAGAAGCCCCCCGUCACCGAUUCGAAUAACGACCAGCAUCAUCACACAUUCACCUCCAACGCCGACGAAGCCACCGCGAAAACUGCUCAACACAAGCAAGCUUCAUCGUCGUCGUCGCAGCCAGAACACCCACAACAUUCGGCUUUUACAAGUAAACCAGACGGCGGCGACGAUGCAGCAACGACAUUGGGGAAGCAGCAGCGCAAAGCAAAGAAAAAGGCUCCAACCAAGCCAUGUCCAGAGGUUGUAGCCGAAGUGGACUCGUCCGAAAAGCUCGCCGCGCAGGCCCUUGCACGAAAAUACGCCCAAGAGCGCGCCGCGGCCAGAGUCGCCUCGAAAUUGCGAGAGAAGUUGGCGGAAAAGGACAGGGAAGAGCAGUCGCACGUGGCGUGCGUCCACGAGUUUUACGAAACGUUAGACGACAAGGAGCAGCGGCUCAAAGGCGAUCGCAUCCGGGCCAAAGAACGGCUCGUCAAGGCAAAACAUGCCAAAGAGUUGGAAAAACAAAUGGCUACCAAUCUGCCGGGGGGGAAUAAUACCCCGCACGCCGCCCCCCUCUCGGCCGACCAACUUGAAAAGUUUCAACGACAAACUAAAGAGCGACUAGUCAAGGCCAAGGAGGCGAAGCGACAGGCCGAGUUGCUCCAACUGGCUAAACUAAAGCAAGAAGAAGAGGACAAAGCCAGACACUUGGCGGACGAGGCGGCGGCGGCCGACGACACGAAAAGGCGCGCCGACCAAGUGCGUCGGGAAACCAAACGGCGGCUCAAGGCCAUGCAAGCCCACAAGGAAGAUAUUGAACGAAAGGAACUUGAGCUGCGGCAGCAAGGGCUGGACAAAUACAAGCACCACAAGGACGAAAUGGAACGGGUGGCCAAGGGGGGAGGAGGAGGAGGCCUUUCUUCAGUGUCCAAACCUGGCAAGUCAAAACAACCGCUAGACGACGACAGGAAGGUUCUAAGCAUCGACAAGGACGAAGUUGAGGCUACUGUUCCAUUGCACGAUGAGGGAGGACGGGUCCCUCAUCACAGCAGUAGAACCUCCGACAACAACGACACGAUCGCCGAUUCAAAUGAACCGGACAGAUUGGAAGGUCACGAGAACUCGGUCGACGUGUCAGAGCAGAGCCAAGAGCUGCCGCCGUUGGUCGCCCCGUCUGCGGAAACAGCAACUGCGGCACCUUUGAAAAAAAUAGGGGGACCGAAGAAAGCGCUGUGGAAGCGGCGGCCGCCGGUGCCCAUUCCCACCGCCGACGAGAUCGUUCAUCGCUCCAAGCAGGCCAAUAUGGUACGACAGAUGGAAUUAUAUUGCCCAUAACUGUGUUCAGCCACCAGUGACACACAAUCCUGGUGGCGCCCCCCCCCACCCCCGGCAUGAUUCAUAUGCCGACCGGAUGAAAAGCCGAUCGGCCCCCAGCAGUUUGAGUUCCCAGGCCGAGAGACUUGCCAGCGCCACUCGCGAAAGAGCCAAGCAAAUGGACAAUGCUGCCAAGUAGAAGUGUACUCGACGGAGUAGAUAGCACAACCUGAACGAACACAUGAGGUCUGGAGCUGGCAUUGUUUCUAGCAAUUAUAACGACACCCAAUAUACCCAUGUCGUAAA